UUUCAUAACGAAUCCCAUCCAGUCCCUCCAAGCUUCCUAAACAUCACGAGGCGAGGAGAGGCUGCAACCAUAAAACAGCUGGACGCAGUGAGCAGAUGCACGACUGGCAGCUGCAGAGGAUUUCUCUCUUCUGUUCAUCAGCCACCGGAGGCUUCCUGUGAAGGCUCGUAUUCGGCUCCAUAUCACUUACGAUAACACGCACGAUGCCUGAGAAGACAAAAUAUAACCUGGUGGACGACAGUGAUGACAGCUUCCAGUGUGGCAUUGCGUUCCAGGUGAAGUUUAUUGGCACUUUGGACAUUGUGCGUCCACAAAGCAGGCUGGACAUCCUGGCAGCCAUGAGAAGGGUCCGGUAUGAGUUUAAAGUGAAGAACAUCAAGAAGAUGAAAGUCAGCCUUGUCGUAGCGGUGGAUGGUGUCAAAGUGGUGUUGCAUAAGAAAAAAAAGAAAAAUGCAUGCAGCUGGGAUGAAAGUCAUGUAACAUUGGCACAGGAUCCUAUUUACAGAAUAUUCUAUGUGUCCCAUGACUCCCAAGACCUUAAAAUCUUCAGUUAUAUUGCAAAAGAUAAGAAGAGCAAUGUGUUCCGAUGCAACGUUUUCAAAUCCAAGAGAAAGAGUCAGGCUAUGAGAAUUGUGCAGACAGUCGGCCAGGCGUUUGAGGUUUGUCAUAAACAGAGCCUGGACACUGUGGAUGAAUGGUUGGUUAAGUGCGAGGAGGAGAGAAGAGAGGAGGAGGACACUCCAGAUGCUGAUACCAACCCAGAGGAGAUGAUGCAGAAGACAGAUGUGAAGGUCUCUGAAGAUGCCGUGGUGGAAAUAGAGCCGUCAGGACUGCUGUCUCCAGUCCCUGAGCGCCUGUCACUGAGCCACCGGGUCCAGCUCCUGAAGAAACAGCUCAAACAGCAGGAACAGAAGAGCCAAGCUGCUUCAGCACAGGCCGCCCUGCUCCAGCAGCAGCUGUGUUUGGAGGCGCGGGCGAGGACAGAGGCUCAGGUUCGAGCUCAGCAGCUCCUGCAGCAGAAUGGCGAGCUCCUGCAGCACCUCUCCAUGCUGAUCAAACACAUCCAGGAGCUAGAGCUCCGCACACACUCAUCCACCUCCACCAUGGGAUCUCAGGACAGCCUGUUGGAGAUCGCUCUGAGAGACAAUGUUCCUCGUUUCUCACCCUUGAAGAAGCCUAACGUGGUUCGUCUUGAUCCAUUCGACUUCUUUCCAGAGCCUUCGGUCGGUGAGAAGAAGCCAGAGCAGGACCGGGAUUCAGGCCAGGGUCCAGAUGAAGAGCAAAGUGAGAGUUCUCCUACCGAGGCUCGCCUGUUCUGCACAUUGGAGCUUCCUGGGUUCAGAGAAUCGGGUAUUGCCUCCGGAUACGAGUCCAAUACGGACGAGAGCGAUGAUAGGGAUAGCUGGGGCCAAUAAGAGAUUGAGGAUUGAGGCUCUGUAUGCACUGUUGGAGACACAGUUAGGCUCCAGAUGUUUUAGAGUUAUGAGAAUGAACAAACAUGUACAUGCUAUAAUGUGCCCUUUAAAAAAAAUGAUGAAUUCCAAUAUCGAAACCUGAGUGAGAAUGAUCAAGAUGAUGAGAGAUGAUCGAGAGGUUGAGGGCAGGAAGAAAUUAGGAAGUAAAUAAAGUUCUUUUAUAACUCUUUAAACAAGACCCGCUUGCUCAGCUGUUGUCAUAGAGACUUAAAGCACUGUGCUCGUCUGGCAUCAUCACAGUGUGACAGCAAACAGAACAAGAAGACAAUGGAUAAUAGUCCUGUGAUCAUUUAUAGUCUUUGGUCUGACUCUGCUGUUACUGUGAUGCGAAUAUGCUGAGCUUCCAUGAUGUCUACAGUGGAGCUGUACCUGCACUGCUUGCACUGUGUGAGUUUUGUUCCGCUUGACUGUAAACAUACGCCCUGCACAUCUGGCAUUUCUGCAUCUGUAUGGUAUGAGAUGCCAGUCGAACCCAGAUUUGGCCAAAAACAGCACAGCUUUAUUGUCAUGUCCACAGGAUCCAUGGACAAUGCAAGAAAUCCUGGGCCCUAUAAAAAAAAAUGCUAAGACUGGUUCAAGACACUGUAAAAUGUUCCAGAUCCCAGAUUUCCUCUCUUUCUGGUUUGAGUCCAUAAUGUACAAAAAUUCAUAUCAGUGUACCUUCAACCUGCACACAGGUGACCCGUUUAACGCCUGGGAAUUGACAUGAUGUUUGUGCUGCAUUGUGGGAAUUAUCUGCCAUAUUGUAUGCAAAACUUUUUUUUUUUUUUUUUUUCGGGUUUGGUUGUAACAGAUAGCACCAUAUGAGUGGCUUAAGGAGAAUGCAAAAGCGCCAACAUGUGCAAACUAAAUGUCUAAAUCAUCACAGACUAACCUCUAAAGACUGAAAAUAGCUCACAAAUUCCAUUUGUACAUAAACAUAAACCGUUUCAUUUAAAGGUGCCACCUGUAAUAUUUAAAAGCAUUUCUAAAACCAAUAACAGUCAUAGAAUUUUAUAGAUACCAUCGAAAAGCUGUGAUUUGCAGUAUUGCUAGGUAAUGGAUCUGUCUUUGUUUCAGGUUUGUGUGUAGAUUGUGUUUAUAUCUGAAGCAAUGCUUCAUAGCUCUAACACUCUUCCCUAAAAGACAACUCAAAAGGCAUAUGGAGCUUAACCAGAAGGGCGUGUCAGUAAGGGAAAGAGGAUUCUGCUUUGUCUGUUUUUAUCGCGGAUGUAGUUCACCUUGCUGCCAGCAGGAAAAAAAAUCACAAACAGCUCCUUGAAACGCUCCAGCUGAUGUGUGUUGGUACUGUAUAUCUGUAAACUUCUGGCAAAUCCCGUGUGGUAUUGCAUGAGCGCAGAUUUCAUCUACUUCUCCUUACUGUCUUCUUCGACUUCUUCAUGAGUAGUGUGUCCUGAGUUAUUAGUACUCAUACUAACUGUCAUGUUUAGCUACAGCUCUGUUUGAGGUUGUGUUUAUUUGUGACUCUCUCUAUAUGCUUUCAGAUGCUCUCAGAGUGAGAUUUAUCAGCCUGUGAAGUGAUUGAAUUACAUGGAAAUGAAUUAUUAGUGAGAAUAUGUAAUGAGAAAGAGAGGAAACGCUUUUAGGAUUAGAAUUUUGCCAUCUUUCCAUCUUUCAAUAGUGGCAUUCGUCUUGUUUUGCUACACUAGAGUGACUAGAAUGUAGUAAAAAUCGUGAUGGGUCUGAAUGCAGAGUAAUGAUGUUUAAAAUGUUUUAUUAAGAGUGCAAAUUGUUUUAACGCUAUUAACAAAUCCAUACAAUUUGAAAAUAGAUUGAUUUUUUUUUUCAGUUUGCAUUUAAUAAAGCUACUCUUCAAGCAUCUGAGGCGAGUCUCUGCCUAAAUGAGUUGGUUAUACCAAAUACACAAGUUAUACAUGUUAUAAGUUCAGGCGAAUUUUGCCUGUGAUAAGCAAAAUUUUUUUUAAUCUGCUUUUAAAAACAUUUAUUGGAUGGGCUAUACUGUUUCAGGAGAUCAGCAAGAUACAACAAGCUAUGACUUUUGAAUGGUUUUGCUCUGUUUAGGACUUUGUAGUCAGUGCAGUUAGUGUAGCCUGUAUUAGAUUGGAAGAAUAUGCUCUGAUUAUUGUGCUUUUCCUAAUAAGUGCACUUAUGUGUAUUCAGACUGCAGAACAGAGGGGUGUCUAAUUUAUUUGUGAUUCUGACCAUGAGUCGAUUAUGAAUUUGAUUUUCAUUGUGUAAUAUCGGUUCAAGGGAAGAGCAGUGUUAAGGCCAGCAUCACUGUCUGAGAUUUACAAUUACAUUUAUGGCAUUUGGCAGAUGGCCUUAUCCAGAGCGACUUACCAAAGUGCUCAAUGAAUACAUCCUCAUACUGGUUCACAAGUUCAUGGACUAAGAGUACCACCAGCCUAAAAAACUUUGACUUCUUAAUGUAACUACAAUAUGUCAUGCUAAAAUGUGUGUUUUGAGCUGUAAAAACACUCAAAAAUCUUUGGAAGGCCAUUCAAGUCAAUAUGUAAUUAUUUACACAAUGAAUUUAAUUAAUUAAUUAAUUGUCUUUGUAAAGUCUACAGGUAAAGUCUACAGGAUUUUUUGACAGCAUAAGCUGAGACAUUGCUUAUCUCAUGAACCAAUUUUUUUUAAUUGGUACAUUUAGGAAGAGCUGUAAGCGUAGCAGGUAAGUGCUUGGUCAGCUUAUCCUUUAACCCGUAGACACUUUUUGAGAGCAAAAUGAAUUUACAAAAACACUAGCAUCAUUUUUAAUAAUUCCAGAAAUCAAAGUAGGAAUUAAAAGCAUGAUAAAGUCACCUACAUCCCACAUACAUACAGUAUUACAGUUUCAUAACCUUGGUUUAGUAUCUUGUGGCUACAUUAAAUUGUGUGCACAAUUGUGUUUCAUAGCCUGUCCAUUAGAGCCAUAAUUUUUCAACCUUUCACACUUUCUGCCUGCUGAAUAAGUGGUUUAGUAAAUGC